AUGAGCAAUAACGCCACAACUAACAGUACUGCGACAUCGUCCAUUUAUUGCUCAGACUAUUCCACAGCAGAAAGGGUGGCUAAAACCUUGGCAUACUGUGUAAUAAUCGUUGUAUCUCUCACUGGAAAUAUUCUUAUUGGAUCAGUCGUGUUCAAAGUGAACUCCAUGAGGAAAACCAUCAACUACCUCAUCGUCAACAUGGCUAUAUCUGACCUGGUUCUUCCAAUAUUUGUCGUCCCGCGGAUUAUCGAAAGAUUUUACUUCGGUUACUGGUUCAUAGAUGGGCCUUUUGGUUCGGCACUUUGUAAACUGGUGUACUUCAUGACAGACGUCUCCAACGCUGUAUCUAUACAGUCAUUGGUCUUGAUAGCAGUGGAUAGAUUUGGAGCGGUAGUGUUUCCACUCCGUCCCCCAAUUGUCUGCUCCAAGCUUCGCCCGUAUUUCAUAAUGUCGACGUGGAUUGUUGCCUCGGCUCUCCAUUCCCCAUAUUUCUUUGCCCGCAAGCUCAGCAACUCGAAAGGACAACUUCAGUGUGUUCUGAAGUGGGAGGAAGCCUUCGGAGAAUCAACUUCUGUAGCGAGCUACUACGUAACAAUGUUUCUAAUAUUGGCGGUGAUUCCGUUCGCGUUGCUGUCGAUACUUUAUUCCAUCAUCAUCCUGAAGCUCAGAGCUCAAAAGAUACCAGGAGGGGAAUCAGUGGGCGCAAAAGAACUUGAAAAACGACUGAAGAGGGAUAGAAGUGUACUUCAGAUGGUCCUGGCCAUCAUCAUGGGAUUUGCAUUGUGCAUUCUAAGCUGCGGCAAACAGCAUUUUGCUUUCUUUGCCAUUUUCAUGGCCCACGCGAAUUGCGCCAUCAACCCAUGUAUCUGUUUUAUAUUCAGCGGUAACUACCGGCAAGGCCUAAAGAGUUUAUUCGGUUGUUGCUCUCGCUAA